CUGUUGUAAAACAAACACUCCCUUGUUAAGUUUUGUGCGGAGUCGAGACUAGAAUCCCUAAUAAAUUUCAGGCCCCUCUUCAGAAAAAUUCUCCUUUCUGUGUAAACCAAAGAAAUUCAUUUAGUUCUCGUUCUGAUUUCCCAAUGGCAGAUGUUAACCCCUACGAAGAAGCUAGAAAACAACGUUUGGAUGAAAACAGAAGGAGAUUUCAGGAUUUGGGUGUCGAUAAGAUUGUCAAGAGUCUAACUCCAGUUGCAAAGCCCAAACCAAAAGCUAAACCUAAAUCUGCGACUGGGGCUCCUGUGGACCCUGAUUUAGUGAGACGUUCUUCACGCCCUCGUAAUGCAGCUACUUCCUAUGCAGAAGAGUUUAUUAAGGACCGUCCUCUGCGGAAAAAGCUAAGAUCAGGGACAUCUACCAGAGUUCGAAAGGCCCAUGAAAAAGUUGCUACUGCAGCACAGCGAGCUAAUGCUAUUAAACGUGCUGAGGAUUUCCGAGUUCAGCAUGUGCCUUCUAGUCACCCAUCUUAUGUCAAAUCGAUGCUCCAAUCUCAUGUUUACCAUGGCUUUUGGCUGAAUGUCCCGAACGAUUUCUGCCAAAAGUACUUAACGGAGGAGAAAAUGACAAUUGUGCUGGAGGAUGAAGAAGGUGUUGAGUAUGACACUAUCUACAUUGGAGAAAAAACGGGCCUCAGUGGAGGCUGGAAGGCGUUUGCUAAGGAUCAUAAGUUGGAUGAUGGAGACGCCCUGGUGUUUGAGCUUAUUAAGCCAACACGAUUUAAGGUCCAUAUCUUUAAAGGGAUUAUUGAUGGCGUGGGUGAAGCAAACACCAAGAAGCCAAAGAAAGUUAACAGAAGCAAACCUAUUAAGAAAGUGAAGAACUCAGAUGCAGAAGAGGAGGAUACUGAAGAGGUUGCUGAACAAAUUGCCAAACCAAGAGAGAGACAAACCCGGAACUCGAAGAAAGCUGGAGAUGAUUUGUAGGUGGAACUAAAAUGAUCUCAACUACAUUUGUGCCAUUUCAUUUUGGAGACCAUACACCUACUAACCUUAGAAAGUUUCAGUUCUGAUACUUGUUUCAAGUAAGGGUUAUUUCUGAUGUUACUGUAAAAAGAGUUGACAUGUAUAUCUGGUAUUUGCUAACUGCUACGUAGUUCUAAAUACUAGUGUAAUUUUGUGUGCCAUCUACAAUCUGGCGCAGUAACGGAAGUGACGUUUUAUAAUGAAUCAAAGAACGUUUAACUA